UCUUUAUCCACACUGCUGUGUUGUGUUUAUACCCAACUUUGAAAAUGGCUACUUUAGAAUCUGCCCUCACCUUGUUCGCACCUCAACGAUUUUCGGAUAAUUAUCGUUCGUCUGCAAAACCACCUUACUCCAUUAAGCUUCAUACUUCCUCUUCCCUUUUCUUCUCUUCCAAGGCCUCUUUCAAAUCUGCAAGACUCUGCUUUCAGCUAUGCUCUGCUCUGCAAGAGCUACCCACAACAGAGAAAACACCUGACUCAACCCAACCAACUGACAAUCUUACCAAGCUCUACGUAUCUAACUUGCCUUGGACUCUGUCGCCGGCCGACAUCAAGAACCUUUUUGCCCAAUGCGGACCUGUAACCGACGUCGAGAUAAUAAGGAACAAAAAAGGGAGGCACAUGGGAUAUGCCUUCGUCACUAUGGAUUCCGGGGAAGAGGCUCAGGCUGCCCUUGAUAAAUUUGAUACAUAUGAAUUAUCAGGACGGAUAAUAAGGGUAGAGUUUGCAAAGCAAUUGAAUAAACCUCCUCCUUCUUCUUCUCCUCCUCCACCUUCUUCAAGUCGUCGCAAUCCUAGAGAGACACGACAUGUACUUUAUGUAUCCAACCUUACAUGGAAAGCAAGAUCUACCCAUCUCAGGCAAGUCUUCACUGAAAAUUUCAAAACACCAGUUUCAGCCAGGGUUGUCUUUGACAGCCCUUCUAAACGAUCAGCUGGGUACGGAUUUGUUUCUUUUCUUACGAAGGAGGAUGCAGAGGCUGCCAUUUCUGCUGUGGACGGGAAGGAGUUAAUGGGACGACCCCUUCGCCUAACAUUCAGUGAAAAGAAGGAUAAGGAAGCUGGAGGUGGAAAAGAGGAAGAUCAAAUUAAAGAUGCUGGAAUUGAAGAUGAAGACCAAAGUUCUGAUGCUCAACCAGAAGAGUCAUAAAUUUUGGAUAUUCAUUUACUGGUCUUUGGUCAUGGUAUGGAUUCUACGAGCUGAAAAUACACCUUAUGUGUAAAAGAACUAUGAUGGUUGAACUUUUGCAUUCACAAUAUUUUUCACCAAGGUCGAGUUUAUUAUUCCUCUAAAAUGUGGGUGAAAACAUAAGAAACUUUUAUAAAUAUAGGCUCUGAAUUUUUUUCACUCCCAUUUUUAAGGGUACUUUAAGGGGUCUGCAAACCAUGUAUCAUGAGACUAAGUUUAAUUCAUUAUAUUGGAACCGUAGAUCUCCUCCA